AAUUAGCUAGGGAUUUUAUUAUAAUGUAUACUGAAUCUGUAGGUCUGGGAUGGGACCUGAAAAUCUUCAUUUCAACAAGCUCCCAGCUGAUGCAGUGCUGCUGAUCAUGGACCACCCUUGAGUAGAAGGGGAGUAGAAGGUCAUUUAUCCUGGUGCACUGAUUCAGAUGAGAAAACCAAGGCUCACAGAGACUGGUGACUUGCUGAAGACCACACAGCUAAUAAAUGGCAGAAGCAACACUGGAACUUGGUCUGUCUGAUACCAGAGUCUGCGUUCAUGCUGCUGCACUGCAGCACUACUCCUAUUUGCGGUCUAACUCAGGCUGUACUUCCAGCUCUUGAACUCUCAUCAGUAGUGAAUCCAGGGCCAUCAUCUCAACCUAAAGUAGCUUCUUGCUUAAAAAAUGGAGACCCACAGGAUGGAAACUGAUUACUUGAAGAGAUGCUUUGGAAAUUGCCUUGCCCAGGCCCUGGCAGAGGUGGCAAAGUUUCGACCCAGUGACCCCAUAGAGUACCUGGCUCACUGGCUGUAUCAUUACAGGAAAAUCACUAAAACAAAAGAAGAGAACAGGCAGAAGAAGAUCCAGUUGAAGGAGGAAUAUGAUAAUAGCCUCAAGGAAACCAAAAUGACAGAAAUACUGAAGCAAGAAGAGUAUCAGAUUGAACGAGAGUGUGAAAAGUUGACACCAGGUAGGGAGGAGGAACUCAGCAUUUGGGUGCAUACAUCCCAGUGAUGGACACCAGGAAAUCCACAGUCAUCAUCCUGGCCACAGUGCAAAAUGGGUUGAGGUCUCCAUUAGCCUCCAUUUUUUCUGUGUUUAUAUGUCAAUAAGAUCAUGGCCAAUGAAAAAAGAAAAUGUUUAAAGGUGAUUCCAUUUUAGAUUUCAGGAAAUACUUUAGAUGUUACUGGUUUAAAAAAUUCAUAUUUAAAAAGAUCUAAUAUGUCACUUAGAACAAAUAUAUAUUUUUUCAUAAUUACUUAAAUACUUUUAUUAAAAGAAAACACACAUCAAGUUUCAUGGUUUCAGAGAAGGUUUGGAGAAAAGAGUGCUUUAUAAAAUUUUAGUAGUUUUUCUUUAAAAAAAAUAGACACAUGUAUAGUCUGAAGAGCAUAAUGAAUACAUGUUAAAACAACACAAAGAAACAUGGAAAAUUAGGUUAACUUGAAGGCAAACCAAAUUCACCAGGCCUUUCAUAUAUUCAAAUUAUGUUUGCAAUAAAAAGUUUUAGUAUCACAAUUUAGAAUAACAUAAUCUAGAUAAUAGAUUUUGAAAGUUUUACAUUUAAUUCUACUUGUUUAGUGGUUAUGGCUAUUUUUUCAUGUUUCAUUCAAAUGUGUUUUAUAAACUUUUAUGAUAAAACUAAAGAAUUGUGGGUUUGGGGGGGAAAACUUUU